AUGGCUAAAUCUAAAAUAAACGUUCCAUUAGUGGAAUUCUUAAAAAAUCGAAUUUAUUUGGCUGCUUAUGACCAUACUCCUCAAGAUACAGAUGAUUUAGUUCACUUCACUGUCGAAGACGCCUUACCUUAUAAUGCCUUCCAUUUAGACUUUGGGCCUUUACAUAUUGGGAAUUUAUAUAGAUUUGCUGUUGUUUUACAUAAUAUCUUGAAUGAAGAAUCAAAUCAAGGGAAAGCCAUUGUAUUUUAUAGUUCAACAGCCCCUAAAGAAAGAUCAAAUGCUGCAUGUUUAUUAGCCUGUUAUAUGGUAUUAGUUCAAUCCUGGGCUCCUCAUCAAGUAUUACAACCUUUAGCUCAAAUUGAUCCUCCAUUUCAAGGAUUUAGAGACGCGGGUUAUUCCAAUGCUGAUUAUGAAAUUACUAUUCAAGAUGUGGUUUAUGCCAUGUGGAGAGCUAAAGAAAGAGGUAUGGUGGAUUUAACUACAUUUAAUUUAGAAGAAUAUGAACAAUAUGAAAGAGUCGAUCAAGGUGAUUUUAACGUUAUUUCAAAAGAUUUUAUUGCAUUUGCUUCACCUCAACAAAGUAAAAAAGGUGGUUUAAAUGAACCAUUUAAAAAAGUUUUAAAUUUCUUUAUGUCAUCAAAUGUUCAAUUAGUUGUAAGAUUAAAUUCUCGUUUAUAUGAUGCCAAUGAAUUUACAAAAAGAAAAAUGAAACAUAUAGAUAUGAUAUUUGAUGAUGGUACUUGUCCAACUAUGGAAUAUGUUCAAAAAUUCAUUGGUGCAGCCGAAUGUAUUAUUAAUAAAGGUGGUAAAAUAGCUGUGCAUUGUAAAGCAGGGUUAGGUAGAACUGGUUGUCUUAUUGGUGCUCAUCUUAUAUAUACUCAUGGUUUCACAGCUAAUGAAUGUAUAGCUUAUAUGAGAAUGAUUCGUCCUGGUAUGGUGGUUGGCCCCCAACAACAUUGGCUUUAUUUACAUCAAAAUGAUUUCCGUGAUUGGAGACAUACCAUGGUAUUAGAUAAUAGACCCGAUGAAUUUAUUGGAGGAUUAUUUUCAUUAUGUCAAUAUGAUGAAUUUAAGAGUAGAAUGAAACAAGAAGCAAAACAAAGAAAAUUACAAGUUCAACAAAGUUCACCUAUUAGUGGAAUGGAUUCUUCAUUCCAUACUCCUAUAAGAAGAAGAAAAAUAAGUGGAGCAUUAGCUGCUAAAAUUCAAAUUGCAGUUCCAAUGGAAUCUCCAGGUCAACCAAGAAAAUAUAAAGAUAGUGAAGAAUCAGAAACUAUUGAAUUAAUAAAUAAUUCCGAUGAAGAAAAUAUAGAAACUAUAGUAACGACCACUAAAGAUGAAAAUGAAAUCAUUGUGGAUGGAGAUGCUAUGUCAAUAUCACCCACCAGAGAUGAUUCAAAUGAUUGGAGAGUAUUAAGAUCAAUUUCUUAUGGAACGAAUAAUCAACCUGUGCAACUCAUGAAAACAACCACUACUACAACCACAAGAACUGUAAGUACGACCUUAUCAUCAUCUCCUAAUGCACAAUCCCCUGGUAAUGGGAUAAAAUUCCCUAAAUCAAGAUCAAGUUCUCGAACUAACGCAAUGAUUCAGGCAAAAAGUCCCAGUUAUAAUGGAACUAGAGUUUCAUCGGCAGGAAUUCGCAAAAUAAGUGGGCCAAAUGGUAGAAAAUCGUAA